GGAUCCAGGAUCCACCCAGGGAUCCACCACAGGAUCCACCGGAUCCCCAGGGAUCCACCCAGGGUUUUGGGCAUCCAUCCCAGCUUCAGGGAUCCUCCACAGCCUCAGGGAUCCAACACAAGUUCAGGGAUCCACCCAGGGCUUCGGGGAUCCAACACAAAUCCAGGGAUCCACCACAGCUCCAAGAACCCACUGCAGCUUCAGGGAUCCUCCAUAAAUCCAGGGAUCCACCCAGGGCUUUGAGGAUCCACUGGAGCUUCAAGGACCCACCAUGGCCUCAGGGAUCUGCCAUGGAUCAGGGAUCCACGGGAGCUCCAGGGAUCCUCCACAAAUCCAGGGAUCUACCAGGGCUUCGGGGAUCCACCUUGGCUUUGGAGAUCCUCCCUGGCUCCCCCGCAGACCUCGGGGUGCUCCUCCCGUGGAGGCUCCAUCAGCAAUCCGGUCUGAUCCCAACCUUUCCCAUUCCUCCCAGCUCGGGGCUUCGUCCGGUCUGGGGUUUUUGGGAAACGCGCCUCCACCCCGGGGAUUGUGGGGAGCGGCUCAUCCUGGUGGGAUCCAUCUCCGUGGGGAUCCUGCUUCUGAGUGGGCAUCCAUCCCUGGGCAUUCCCGUGGGAUCUGCGGGCAUCCAUCCCUGGGCAUUCCCGUGGGAUCAGUGGGCAUCCAUCCCUGUGGAUAUUCCAGUCCUGAGGGGGCACCCAUUCCUUGGCAUUCCAGUCCUGAGUGGGCAUCCAUCCCCUGGGCAUUUGGGGGGCAUCCACCCCCUUGGCAUUCCGGUUCUGGGUGGGCAUCCACCCCCUUGGCAUUCCGGCUGCUCCGUUCUCCUUCCCAGCUCCUCUCCGUGGGCAGGUGGCCAGCCCAGCACUCAUCCCCGAUCCCACGCAGAGUUUCCCAAAACCUCGGGAAGUUUUCCAUGCCAGGGCCAGCCUGGGCACACCGGACACCUCCGGGACCCUCGGACAAUCCACGCUGGAGCGGCGCCGUGGGGCUGAGCCAUCGCCACCCCCGCUGGCUCUCCCAGCCCAUCCCACCCCGUUCCUCGGGGAUCUCUCCCUCCGGAGGGCUCCCCAGCCUCCCCAUCCCGCGAAUUCCCGGCUCGCUUCUCCCCGCGGCGCGCUGGGCUCCUUCCAAAAUUCCCCCCGGCUCCGAUCCCCGCUGGGCUGCAGGAGCGGGAGCGGAGCGUCCCUUCCCUUCCCUUCCCUUCCCUUCCCUUCCCUUCCCUUCCCUUCCCUUCCCCGCCGGGGCUCCGAUCCCACCGGGAUCCCGCCCGGGCUGGGAAUCGCCGGGAUCGGGGAACGGCGGCUCAGCCCCGCCAAGGCAAGCACCGGAGAGAGCCGGAGCCACGGGAGAGAACGGGACACGGGAGGAGGGAUGA